GGCGACGAGCGGGUGCGAGUCCGGGGUGGCUCUGAGGGCGGGCCGCCAUGACCUUCGGCACCCGGAAGUGAAACCGGUGGCGCCCACCUACCCGAACAGUGUGUCUUUGGCGCUCAGGUCCUCCACUGUCACCCAGAGGAGAGCGGGCGUUCUGCCCCUGCGGUGUAGGCUCGUAGGGGAGAAGUUAGCGGGAACAGGAUCUCUGCAGAGCGAGGAGGGUCCUGGUUUUGGGGGGGGGGUGUUCAGAUAUAGUGUUUUCCUAAUCUUGAGCUCACCAAAUGACGCUCCCGUUCUUGACACGCCCCGAGUCAUGUCCCCUGUCUUUGGCACUGAAUAUGUCAGUUGAGUAACCAUAAACUAACUGUGGCUGCUAUUGGUGACCCUAAAGACCAAGUUUCUCUGUUACCCCCAUGGCUUAUAGGGUGUCAAGUGUUUCAGAGUAUAAGUGCCUGGUUUAGGUAAAGGAUCAAAUUGUAGAAAUCGUGCCUGCUGCGGAUUUCUGAGUUCGAGGUCAGCCUGGUCUACAGAGUGAGUUCCAGGACAGCCAGGGCUAUACAAAGAAACCCUGUCUCAAAAAAAGAAAUCGUGCCUGCUUUUAAGCUUUACUUCAUACCUUUGAUUAUGCGUCUGUGUGAAAGUUGUUGCUGAAGCAUCUAUAAAAGAGUCAGUGAGUUGAUGGAGAUGCCUACUAGUGAUGGAUGUGGUUCAGAGGGUCUGCUUUCAUAUCUCAUACAGGGGAGAGGACCUGUCCCACAGUGUGCCACUGAGAAGCACUGCAGCAGGCUCAAGCAAGAUGUUACAAAUAUAAAGUUGGAGUUGGAAGCAACGCUGAAGGAAGCUGAGUCGGCAUCCUGUUCAGUUGAAUUACUUUUGCCAUUAUUUAAGAACACCGUGGAAGGAAUUAGUUUAGAAAAUGCUAAUCUUUCUGCAUCCAAUUUGAAGAAGAUUUUUGAACAGAACGACAUAUUAUCAAAGGAAUUAGACACUUUUAACCGUGUGAAAUUAGCCUUAGAACAUCUUAUUAAACAGACUGACUAUGAACAAGUAGGAGACAGCUCACCCUUGUUAAAGGAUCUCAGUGACAAUGAGAGUGAGAACAGGGACCUUGAGAAGAAAGUACUUGAAAAGGAGACCUAUAUCCAUGAACUUUCGUGUCUGUUUCAGAUUGAAAAGGAAAGUGCUUUGAAAGCAAACAGGUUUUCUCAGUCAGUCAAAGUCGUACAUGAUCGUCUACAGCUCCAAAUUCAGAAGAGGGAAGCUGAGAAUGAAAAAUUAAAAGAACAUGUACAGAGCUUGGAAACCAAAAUAGCCAAGUGGAAUUUACAGGUGAAAAUGAAUAAGCAAGAGGCUGUAGCCAUCAAAGAAGCAAGUAGGCAAAAAGCUGUAGCUCUGAAAAAAGCAUCGAAAGUGUACAGACAAAGGCUGAGACACUUUACAGGGGAUAUCGAGCACCUCACCUCCCAAAUCAGAGACCAGGAAGCCAAGUUGUCUGAAACAGUUUCAGCUUCCAAUGACUGGAAAAGUAAUUACGAGAAAAUUGCCAUAGAAAAAACUGAACUGGAAGUUCAGAUGGAAACAAUGAAAAAGCAAAUCGCUAAUCUUUUGGAAGACUUAAGGAAAAUGGAAACUCAUGGGAAAAAUUCAUGCGAAGAAAUUCUAAGAAAACUUCACUCACUGGAAGGUGAAAAUGAAGCCCUAAAUAUUGAGAAUGUGAAAUUAAAGAGUACGCUUGAUGCCUUGAAGGAAGAAGUUGCUUCUGUUGACAAUGAACUUGUAGAACUGCAGGAAGUAGAAAGACAACAGAAAGCCCUCGCUGAAGGAUACAGAACUCAGGUACAGAAGUUGCAAGAAGCAGCUGAAAUGGUUAAAAGCAGAUGUAAAAAUUUACUACAUGAAAAUAACCUAAUAAUAAUUAAAAAAAACAAAAAGUUAGAGAAGAUGAGAGGCCAGGUGGAGUCUCAUCUGAAGCAGGUAGAACAAGCCCGCAACUCCUUCACGUCAGCCGAACAGAGACUUCAGGAGUGUCAGGAGACUCUGCAGCGCUGCAAGGAGAAGUGUGCAGAGCAGGCGCUCACCAUUAGGGAGCUUCAGGGCCAGGUUGAUGGAAACCAUAGCCUUCUGACCAAGCUUUCUCUUGAGGAGGAAAAUCAUCUCAUCCAGUUAAAGUGUGAGAACCUUAGAGAGAAAUUAGAGCAGAUGGAUGCAGAGAAUAAAGAGCUUGAGAAGAAGUUGGCCGACCAAGAGGAGUAUCUCCAGCACAGUGACCUGGAGCUGAAGGAGAAGGCUGCGGAGUACACAGCACUGUCCAGGCAACUGGAAGCUGCUUUGGAAGAAGGAAGACAAAAGGUUUCUGCAGAAGUAGAGAAAAUGUCAUCUAGAGAGAGGGCUUUACAAAUUAAAAUAUUAGAUCUGGAAACUGAGCUUAGAAAGAAAAAUGAAGAGCAAAAUCAACUUGUUGACAAAAUGAACACUAAAGCCCAGCAUCAGGAUAUAUGCUUGAAAGAAAUGCAGCACAGUCUUGAGAAGUCGGAGACUCAAAAUGAGAGCAUUAAGAAUUACUUGCAGUUUCUUCAAAUUUCCUAUAUAACGAUGUUUAGAUAAAUUGAUGAAUUCCUCUGAUUGUUAUACUUUGUGAUUUAUAGGUUAGCAGUAUUAGAAUUUGUAUGUGAAAAUACUUGAAGCAUAAUUUAUCUAAUUGAACUUUAAGAAAUAACAGCUCUUACUAUUCCUUUGUGGUAGAUAAUUUGCACUGAAGUCUGGUUUUAUUCUUUUUUAAAAAUAUAUUAAUUUUUAAAAUAUUUUCCCCAUAUAUUCAAAAAUCAGAAUUACUCUUAUAAACCAUUGAAGUAAAUUUAUAACAAAUCUAGGCCAAUUAUGAGCCAAAUACAUGACUUUGAACAAUGUAUUUACUUGUUUUAUAUUGUAAUACUAUAUAAAUAAAAUAUUCAGAAAUUUAAUUUUAAUAACAGUAUAAGUUUUAAAGAUAGCAAGUGUCUCACUGUAUAUAAUAUUGCUUCCAAUAUGUUGAGUUUUUAUCAUUUAUGUGAGAUUUUAAAUAUAAGAUAUCAGAUUGUAGCUCUUCAGUGGCCGCUGAUGGAAACAGGAACACAUGUUGGCAGCCCUUCUCUGUAGGCAUCCAGGCUGUGCUAGAAGCUGGAGCUGCUGCUUUCAUUUUGUGUUAGUGAUUGUCUGAUAUUAUUACUAUAGUCACCGUCGAGCCUUGGUGUUAACUGCAGGAUCACAAGGACAACAAGCUCCUCUGCCCUUCUCGUGACCAAAUCACAUGGAUGAUUGAAAUUAGGCAUUCUCCACAGGAGGACGCUUUGGGAUAAGGCCUUUAUUUAUUUUAUUUUAGAGAUUAGAAUUUAAUUACACUUUUCCCAUCCCU